CUUAGUAUCAUUUGAUCGGAUUUAGCAGUAUAAUCGUAAACUGAAACACACCUUGUCGUACAUCCUGCAUAACUCGAGGAACCACAGAAAAAAAAAAAUUUCCCUGUGUACAUUCCUGCCUGCUUUUAACCUGCUUCUGAUGUCUAAGAAAAAAGAUCCUAAAGCCACUCCUGUUUACACCACCCAGAAUGUGUUCCAGUGACAUGGAAGAUGCUGCUGAACACACCUCUGUGCCUCUCUUGGCCUCCAUCAGCUGUGUGUAUGAAUAUCUUUCAAAUAGAAACAAAAUCGCUGCUUACUGGAAAGUUCAACAAAAAUGGCUGGAUCUGUAUGAUAUGGAAGUAUCAUCAAUUUGAAGUCUGAGAGGAAUAACGUGUCGUGCUUGGAGAUGAACUGAAGACUUGAAGAAUUAGAAGAUGUGGAUAUACCAUACUUGAGGAUUCGAUGGAAUUUUACCUUUGGCUUUGGACAAAAAUUGAACGUUGUGUGUUUUUUUGUUUUGAGUGUACUAAUAUCUGAAUAUCUUAGUUUGUUUGGCAUGUGUGACAUGUAGCCUAUUCUUUCAUUUUUGAUGUGUGUAAAUGGCAGACGCAAACUCUGUAUCGGACUCCCAGGUCUUGUUGCAGUCCAUGCUUCAAAGGCUGAGGCUUCAACCAAGACCCGAGAGCAACAGCACACACACACAAGACGAAGUGCAGUAUAAUACAACAUUGAUAGAGCAAAAUGGCGGUGCUGCAGAGAGCCUACCUCAAACCCCGCCAAUGUACAAUUUUGAUUUUUCGAUGGGAAGCAAACCGGUUGUGACCAAUCUGGCUGUACCACCGGGUCUGGGUUUGACUGGUGUAACAACAUCUCUUUCCCAAGAAUUUUCCAAAGGAAUUGAUGUUUACAAUUCAGGAAUGUCAUCUACACCAAAAUGGAGAACACUAAGUUGGGGGUUUAUGAGCAACCACACUGUAUCAGGAGGAAACAGUUAUGCCAGUACAUGCCCGGAUGAUGAUGUGAUGUCCAAGCAGGCCAGGAAGCAGAAGUUCUCUCUGACAAAAAUGAGUAGUGGCAAUGUCUCAUCUUUACAAAAGGUAGAAACGUCAUUGCCCUCAACAAACACAUCAGACCAGACGGAAUCAAAUAUCAGGGGCCAGAGGGUUGGAUGUGAAGAAAAGAGAUGGACCCAGAAGAUGAAGGAAAAAUGGAAGGAGAGACACAAAAGCAUAUCCAGAAGAGAACCAGAUAACAGAGAGACAGAAGAACAGAGCAAAGUGGCAAAUAGCAUCAGGUCUCCAAUUCCUGUCCAAACUGUGCCCAAUGAAAACAACACAACUAGAGCAUUUAAUGAGGAAGUUGGUAUCCAGCUCCAGCCAAUCAACAAUGGUCCUGUCAAAGACAUUCCCAGUCCACUCGAUCACAUGAGUGAGACCUUAUUUUCACCGGGCUCUUUCAACCUGAUGGAAGAGAUUUUCACAGGUCAAGAGUGGGCCAAGUACCUCCCAUCCAACACCAGCAGCCAAUCAGAGUCCAGUUCCAUCACACAAGACCAAGGAAUGGGAUUAAUAAAUAGUAUUAACCAGUCAGGUCAAAAUGAGCAAACCAUGUUCAGCCAAUGGAAUUACAGAGCGGCCACGGUCCCUAAAUUUGGAAUGAUGCCAUCACAAAUGAACUCUGGAAGUUUUCACAACAUGGACACCACUGAAAACAUGUUUCAACAAAGAAAUACUUCAAGUUUUGCAAUGUUUGAGUUACACAAUGGUCAGUGUGGACUGUCUGAUUCAGGAUCAAAGCAAUUGGAGAGCAUGGAUCUGAGUGUCAGAACAUUAGAGAGCAAUCAUCCAAGCAAAGAGCAAGCGAAUACUUAUCCACAUAGUCAGUCAAACACUACAGGACUAGCUAUAAAUUCAUCAUUAUCCAGUGAGCAAAAGGUGAAUCAGUCGCAAGUAAUGGAAAUAAACCACAACCAACCUGGAAGUGUGCAUGAGGUUCUCCCCAUGUUGGAAUUAUCAUAUCGUCAGUCCAAAGACAGUUCUUCUCUGAAGAAGCAACUAUCUCUGAGCCGCAAGCGAAGUCACUCCAAAGAGGGAAGAGUUUCAAAUGAACGUUGGAGAUCAGAAACUGAUGAAAUGCAUGAGUGGAGACAUAAUUCCUCCCCUUCAGAUCCAGCACCAAAUCAUUCCCCUGCCUCCUCCACCUCCUCCCUCCAGCACUCUGUUUCCCAGGAUUCAGAGUCGUCAGCGUUGACAGAAACUGUGAUCAAAAAGAGGCGAAUGGACAGCAAACGUCAUGUGCGAUUUGCAGAAGAGGUGACCAUUGUACCACCCCUUGUUCUGUUGGAUGCUGAUGGUGAUGCUGAUGCUGAUGAUUAUGGUCACAGCAGCAAUGAAGGCAACAAUCAGGGUGGAGAACAGUCGCCGUCGCACUCGUCUGUUUCCAGAUGGGUUGGGGUACUCAGGAGUAAGACCAAGAGGAAGUCCAAACUUAAACUUCCACGCAACAAUACUGAAGACAUCAAAACUACGAAAUAACACAUGGAACAUAUCUGGAAUUAUGUGGUAAACAAAAAAGUGUUUAAAAAAAACAAAAUAUGUUUGAUUCUUCAAAGUAACCACCAUACUGUUUACCUUGAUGAUGCUUUGUACACUACUGGCAUUUUCUUAACCAGCUUCAUGAGGUAGUCACCUGGAAUACUUUUCAAUUAACACGUGUGUCUCGUCAAAAGUUAAUUAGUGGACGAGUUUCUUGACGCCUUAAUGUAUUUGAGAUCAAACAGUAAAUAGUAAAUAAUAAAAAUACAAUACAUAACCCUAUUCAACACCACAACUAUAGUAAUCCAUAUUAUGUCAAGAACUGAACAACUAAGUAAAGAAAAACAACAUCCAUCAUUACUUUAAUACACAAAGUGUCGUUUAAUUCAUAAAAGUAAAGAAAAUCAUUGAAUUAGAAGGAGUGUCAAAGCUUUUGAUUGGUACCUUACGUGAUAAUUUAUGUAAAGAAAACUCCGUGAUCCAUUCUGAAGUAAAUAUCUCUAAAUUUAGCUAACUAGAUAAACACCUAUAUAUAUUUUAAAAUCAAAAAUUUGUGUAAAUAUACAUAUGCUUAUCAGCCAGCUUAUUAGGAACACCUCUACAGAUUCAAACUCAUGCCCUUAUGCAGUCAGCCAAUCAUGCAUCAGCAGCACAGUGCAUAAAAGCAUGCAGAUACAGGUCAAGAGCUUCAGCUGAUCUUCACAUCAAACUUCAGAAUGGCAGAAGUUCAUGGAUUCGUGGAUAAUUGCAUGAAUGUGCAUCGGUGUUCGUACUCCAGGCCACGCCUACAGGAAUCACAGACUCCGAGCGAUAUUUAACAGUUAUUCCACGAAAUCGAGUUGUACAUGAGCUGACGAGACACAUGGCGCUGAGUCGGCUGUAAGCCAUGUACGACGAGAUUGAGUGGAAGAACUGUUUUAUUCUAUCCACAUUCACUGGAUUUUGAGAAACAGAGCAUUUUUAUUUUUUGCAAAAUCAAUAAAUAAAAACUGUAUACAAAACGUCCAACAAAAUCACUUCUGCUUAGAAUGUAAACAAACCGGCGAAAUGACAGUAGCGAUUUCUGAAAAAUGCGGUAAUAAUAAUUCUUGAAAAAUAAAAAAAGAUACGUUCUUACCAUCAAAUACUUUCAUUCCAUAUUUUGUUGCUUUAUUUUUUUGUAUUUUUAGGGUUUUGUUUUCGAGUAGAGUUUUUAUUUCGUCCUCGGUUGCUUCGGCAACACGCUCCACUAUUUUGUUUUUCUCUAUUCAUGGUAUAUGAGCUGAUAGCCUAGUAGUAGAGUAGCCAAUCAGAGCGCACGAUUGCUCAUAUCCAGUCAGUGUGGAUAAAAUAAAAGCAAGUUAUUCCGAAGUGUAAGUUUAAAAUGUUUUGUACCUGCACUUACCCUACAUUUGUGUCACAAACCUGACACGUGCCACAGCCAUUUUCUCUUUCACAAAUUCAACAGCACAACAAUUUCGCCAAGUAAAAUGUCCACUCUUUGUUUAUUAUUAUCAUUAUUAUUUUUAUCAUUAUUAUUAUUUAAUGACCAUAUUUAAAAAGGCCCUUGAUUACCUCGCCCACGACGGAGUAGGCGGGGCGAGGUAUUGUAAUCAGUGUGGUUUGUUUGUGUGUCUGUCUGUUAACAAUCUAGCGUGUAAACGGUUGCACCAGUUGACUUCAGAAUUUCAGGUUAGGUGGGCAAUGGUCCGUAGAUUACCUGAUUAAAUUUUGGGGGUAAUCGGGUCAAGGUGAAGAUCAAGGUCAGCAAAAAGGUCAACCUUUGGGUCAAAAUAACAUAUUUUCCAUUAUAACUCAAAAACAGUUGCCGAUAGACAGAUGUUUACUAUUAUGAGCAUAUAGGAACUCUCAUUUGGCGCCAUGAUCUUUGACGUUGAGUGACCUUUCAAGGUCAAACUCAAGGUCACGGAUUUUCAGAGGGCUGUGACUUGAAAACGGUUGAUGGUAGACAGAUAUGUACCAUUAUCAACUUAUAGGAAGUGCCAUAUGGGCUUUCAUUUGGCACCAUGAUCUUUGACCUUGAGUGACCUUGAAAGGUCAAACUGAAGGUCAUGGGUUUUCGAAGGGCUAUAACUUUAAAAUGGUUCAUGGUAGCCAGAUAUUUACCAUUAUCAACAUAUAAGAAGCCCCGUAUGAGUUUUUCAGUUGCCACCAUGACCUGUGACCUUGCAUGACUUUGAAAUGUCAAACUCAAGGUCAUGGAUUUUCACAGGACUAUAACCUGACAGCUGAUGAUUGAGAAAUAUUACCAUUAUGAGGAUAUACAUUGGCAUGCAAAAGUUUGGGAACCCUUAUUGAAAAUGUCUGUUACUGUGAAUAGUUAAGUGAGCAGAAGAUGAACUGAUCACCAAAAGGCAUAAAGGUAAAGACGAGACAUUUCUUUUCAGCGUUUUCUGCAAGAUUUGCGUAUUAUUUUUGUUUUGUACAAUUGGAGAGUGAAAAAAGAAAAGGAACACCAUGCGAAAGUUUGGGCACCCCAAUACAUUUGAGUUCUCAGGUAACUUUUACCAAGGUUCCAGACCUUAAUUAGCUUAUUGAGCUGUGGCUUCUUCAAAUUCUUCGUUAGGAAAGGUCUGAUGAUGCAGAUUUCAAAGCUGUAUAAAUUCUCUGACUCCUCAAACUUGUCCCUAAAAUCAACAGCCAUGGGCUCCUCUAAGCAACUCCCUCGCAUUCUGAAUAAUAAAAUAAUUGAUGCUCACAAAGCAGGAGAAGGCUACAAGAACGUAGCAAAGUGUUUUCAGGUAGCCGUUUCCUCAGAUCGUAAUGUUAUUAAGAAAUGGCAGUUAACAGAAACAGUGGAGCUCAAGGUGAGGUCUGGAAGAUGAAGAAAACUUUCUGAAAGAACUGCUCAUUGGAUUGCUAGAAAGGCAAAUAAAAACCCCUAUUUGACUGCAAAAGACCUUCAGAAAGAUUUAGCAGACCCUGGAGUGGUGGUGCACUGUUCUACUAUGCAGCGACACCUGAACAAAUAUGACCUUCAUGGAAGAGUCAUCAGAAGAAAACUGUUCCUGCGUCCUAGCCACAAAAUUCAGCGUCUGAAGUUUGCAAAUGAACAUCUAAAUAAGCCUGAUGCAUUUUGGAAACAAGUCCUGUGGACUGAUGAAAUCAAAAUAGAACUUUUUGGCCACAAUGUGCAAAGGUAUGUUUGGAGAAAAAAGGGUGCCAAAUUCCAGGAAAAGAACACCUCUCCAACUCUGAAGCAUGGGUGUGGAUCGAUCAUGCUUUGGGGUUGUGUUGCAGCCAGUGGCACAGGGCGCAUUUCAUUGGUCGAGGGAAGCAUGGAUUCGAAUAAAUACCAGCAAAUUCUGGAAGCAAACAUCACACCAUCUGUAAAAAAGUUGAAGUUAAAAAGAGGAUGGGUCCUACAAUAAAACGAUGAUCCAAAACACACCUCAAAAUCUACAAUGGAAUAGCUCAAGAGGCACAAGCUGAAGGUUUUGCCCUGGCCCUCACAGUCCCCUGACCUAAACAUCAUUGAAAAUCUGUGGAUAGAUCUCAAAAGAGCAGUGCAUGCAAGACAGCCCAAGAAAUUUGUAGAACUGGAAGCCUUUUGCAAGGACGAAUGUGUGAAAAUCCCCCAGGUAAGAACUGAAAGAUUAUUAGCUGGCUACAAAAAGUGUUUACAAGCUGUGAUACUUGCUUCGGGCCCUUUUCCUUUUUUGUCAUUUUGAAAAUGCAAAAGAUGAAAAUAAAAAAAUUGUUUUUGCUUAAAAUAUAAAGGGAAUGAGUCAUCUUUAACUUUAUGCCUUUUGGAGAUCAUUUCAUCUUCAACUUGCUUAACUGUUCACAGUAACAGCAAUUUUGACCAGGGGUGCCCAAACUUUUGCAUACCACUGUAGGUAUAAAAUAAGUGCUGCCGGGCGAGGUUUGUUUUGCCUGGCAACACUUGCUUAAAAUAGCUGAUUUGAAACACAUCUUUGUAAGAAUGAAACACAGAAUAACUUAACAAGAGAGCAUGAGAGAUGAAACAGUUUAUUAACUUGUGUAUAUUUAAAGGAUGUAGUUCAUUUCAAUAGUAAUUAUCCAAGUUGAAGAACUGAAACACUCUGUAAUGCCAAAGAAAAUUUUUACUAAUGGUUACAAUGAAAAUGUAUGUUUAGAUAUAACUGAUGUAACCUUCCAUGUAGGAAUGAUACACAUGAAGUUUCUACUUUAAAAUGUCU